UGCGCCCCUGCCCACGCCUGCGAGUGGGCGCCGACUGGACCUGCGCUGCGCCGGGCUCCUCCGGGACUCCGCCAGCGGCCGGAGUCCGGCGCUCGCCUCGUGGAAGCCGCCGGUCGGCGCUCGCCACCGGUGGGGCUUGGAUCUUCACUGAUUGAACAGAAACUGCUCUUUAAUUGAUUCAGCUCCGCUGGGCGAGCGGCCGGGUGUGUGUGCCCAGGAGCGCGUGCGGAAGACAGAAGGGCAGGAAGUCGGUUUUCUGCAGGGAGGGUGGCAGGACCGCGCAGGCGACCGAGCCUUCCUUAUUUAUAUGUCAGCCAGCAGUCGCCUUCUUCAUCCGAAGACUUCGGGGAGCGUCUCCGACCCGCGUCCCCUGAGCGUGAGGCACGGAAGGGCUGGAUGUCAGAACAACAUGAUUAUCCAUUAAACUCCAAACUUUCCUUUUUUAACCCAAAGAAUAUCGGUGAUUUUUGUCCACUGCUAGGAGAAGAAGAGAGAGCCUAGAGCUCCUGAAAUGCAGCAAAAUUCUUAUUUAUAAACAGGCCCAAGGUAGUGAUAUGCAAAACCCCUCUACUCAGUAAAUUUUCUAUCCUAUGGAUAUCGAUCUUGAGCUUUGAGACUGGCGAGCCCUCUGCACUGGGUCCGGCAGCCUUGGUCCUUUCAAUGCCUGGUCUUCCCUGGGAUUGCUGGCCUUCCCUGGAGAUCAGAGCCGUCCUCUGUGCCAUGGGCUGUAUUCAGAGCAUCGGCGGCAAAGCCAGAGUCUUCCGGGAAGGUAUCACGGUGAUUGAUGUGAAAGCCUCUAUCGACCCUAUCCCUACCAGCAUCGACGAGUCCUCCAGCGUGGUGCUCCGCUACCGGACACCCCACUUCCGCGCCUCUGCCCAGGUGGUCAUGCCACCCAUCCCCAAGAAGGAAACCUGGAUAGUUGGCUGGAUUCAGGCGUGCAGCCACAUGGAGUUCUACAACCAGUAUGGGGAGCAGGGCAUGUCCAGCUGGGAGCUCCCGGACCUCCAGGAGGGCAAGAUUGAGGCCAUCAGUGACUCGGACGGGGUGAACUACCCCUGGUACGGCAACACCACGGAGACAUGCACCAUCGUGGGCCCCACCAAGAGAGACUCCAAGUUCAUCAUCAGCAUGAAUGACAACUUCUACCCCAGCGUCACGUGGGCCGUGCCGGUCAGCGAGAGCAACGUGGCCAAACUGACCAACAUCUACCGGGACCAGAGCUUCACCACGUGGCUGGUGGCCACCAACACCUCGACCAACGACAUGAUCAUCCUGCAGACACUGCACUGGCGGAUGCAGCUCAGCAUCGAGGUGAACCCCAACCGGCCGCUGGGCCAGCGGGCCCGGCUCCGGGAACCCAUUGCCCAGGACCAGCCCAAAAUCCUGAGCAAGAAUGAGCCCAUACCACCCAGCGCCCUGGUCAAGCCCAACGCCAACGACGCACAGGUCCUCAUGUGGCGGCCCAAGUAUGGCCCGCCGCUGGUGGUGAUCCCGCCCAAGCACCGGUAACGGCCAUGGCACUCGGUAGGUUAGACUCACAAACAAUACUACUCAGAACGAACCCAGACACACUCUGUCAUUCAGCAAAAUACAACCAUUCUACCUUUCCCAGCGGGACGGAUCUCACUGUGCUAAUGCCCAGGAUGGCCUCCCCCGGCUCUCUCAGAACCGCUUCCUUGCGGGGAAGUGGGGAGACCCAAACGGGACAGACAAACCCCACAUGUGCCCCUCAGUGUCACCUCUGAUCUGCUUCCCUCCUUUUCUCAGUUCCAUUCACUUGCAACAGACUCCCAGAAACAACUGCUUUUCUAGUUCUUUUUCUUUUUUUAACUCCUCUUUAUGAGGUUCAGGGGUGGGAGGAGGAGGAGCCGAUGAUGCAGGAAGCUGAGCCGUGGAUCCAUCAGCCCGAUGGCACUCGCGGGUGACUUUGCCGAGAGCAGGGGUCUCCCCGUCACGGCUCCCCCUCGUCCUCCGUCAUGCGGCCUUACAUAGACUUGCUUUGCCAAACUUUUGCCUUAAGCUGAAUUUAAAGGGAAAAACAAAACGGGACAAGAAAGCAGGAUCUCUUUUCUACUGGACUUUUCGUCUUUCUGCUGGAGGUGGAGGGAGAGGAAUUGGGUCUGAGGUGAGAGAUUCAGGAGCUUCUCUUCUUGGCUGCCCUGGAAGAGAUUUAGACCUAAAACCAGCUGCUCAUUCUUUCAUUUCAGCAGGAACAAAGCCACAGACAGACCCCGCCCAGAGAGCCCCUCUUCCCUCCCCCAGUAGAGCCCCCACCCCUGGUACCUGCA